CAGAAUUGGCCGCCUCCCGGAGCCCGUCACGCCGCACAUCUGGAAUGCAAGCCGAGUCGAGAACCGGUUCUGCAGGCUCUGCAGCGAGGUGCAACACUAGGAGACUCCACUUUCAGGAGAAGGUGGACGCUGGAGAAUGAUGUUGCAGCUCCAAGAUGUUCAUCUUGCUUCAAACUGGGCAUGGUCGAAGGAGGCUGUGCAAAGUGUGGGGUCGAAUAGGAAUGUCACUCUUGGUCCAGUGCGUCCGCAAGUGACCAGGCCAAGCCUGUCGUCUCGCGCAGGUGUUUCCAGCACGACAAUGGCGGACACAGAUGCCAAUCUGUUUCUUUCUGCUGUCAGGAUGCCACCCUGUCGACUGUCCUCCCUCUUCUUUCUCGACCAACUUCCAGAAAUCCAACCUGACUGCCGACGGAGUAUACCUGAUGUCUCUUACGGCGCCACUCAUCGGCGUUGCCAGCUUCGGCUCGACCAUCGUCUAUCUAGCGGCUCCCCAAAGACUAGCAACGCCGGCGUCUGUGCGGAUGCGAAUUCCUCGACUGGCUGCAUGGAGGGGCAGCUAGAUCGUACAUCAUGGGCUGAUUUCCCAUGGCCGAACUUUUCCCCCUCGCCUGCGAUCCGGUAGUAAGCCUUUUUCGCCUGCUCACACCCUGCAAUAGCUGGGUUCAUGGGGUUUAAGAAGCUUUCCGUGGUCCUGGUCUCUGCAUCUCAUCCCACCAUACUUGCAGGCGCUUGGUUAGUCAGGUCGACCGCAAGUGUGAGCACAUUGGGCACAAUGAUGAGCGGUAUCGAAGGACGGGCUGCAGUGGAGUUGCUCGACACUUGGGCACUUGGCACCGGAGUGUGUAUUGAGCGACAAGCCGUUGGCUCCUGGUGAUGGUGAUAUUGCUGACGGGGCAUGAGCCCCGGACGAGAGCUCACAGAAUGGACAGAAUGCCUCAGAAGAGCAGCUGCCUGGAGGUCGAGUGCGUAAGUGCGUGCGUCUCGUCUUGCGUUGUCAGAGUUGAAGUGCUACGGAACGCGACAACGUCCACGAGGCCAGGCCGCGACAGCAGGACCCCGCGGCGCCAACGACAGUAUCAGUAUCGAAACCAAAAAGCUGUGAUAUGGCGGUUUCUCAAAUGAACAUCCACUCGAGGACGGUUUGACGGGCGGCAUGCAUACGAGGGGGCAAUCGCAUGUCACUUGGCUGGAUUGGACUGAUUCAGAAUGACUGGAUGCGAAUGGCAGCGCCGCGUCUGGGUUGUAUGUCUCGCGGCAAGAGAAAAGACGGUCAUGGAUGACAGAAGUAUCGCGGGGAUGUACAUGUGAGCUUUUCGUCUGUUUGAUGCUUGUUUGGGAGGGGAAGCUAACCCUGCUACCACACUUAUGCUCUGGUCGAAACAUUGAUGGGCGUUGGCCCUUUGGGCCUUUUCCCUUCCACAACCCCCCCUUGCGCAGAAGAGCCGAAUUUGGGAUGUGGGCGGUCCCCUCUUAGGGAACCCCCUCCCCUUGACACCACACUAAGAUGCUCAUGGAUGGAUUUUCAUGGGUCCCUCUUCCCGGGCAGAUCUCCCAGAUGUCUUGGCCCUUGCCUCGUGUGCGGCGUUCCAGCAGCAACAGCGACAGCAGCAGCGGCGGCAAUGAUCAAGCGGGCCUGUAAGAAAGACGCAUGUACCUCUCAGGGUGAGGCAAGGUACCGUACGUGAGUACCUACAUGCCCUCUUCACCGCAGGCAAGUCAGUUUUCCAUAUUGUCAUGCUCACAUCGCAUGUAUCGAAGAUACCACUGGUCUUGGCCUGCCAGGCCUGCCAGGCCUUCCUUCUUCGUUUUCGCCGCCGCCGCUGCUGGAGUCGUUGCAGCGGACCCUGUGUCCAUCGCAUAUAAGAUGAGGAACAGGGACGCGCCUGAGAAUCGGGAUGGAGGGGGGACAAACCGAAGACCGCGGGAAAAGGAACGAGAGAACGACAAAGAAAAGCGCGAUUAUUCGAAUCCGACAGUGACCUGCGCCUGUCCCUGCUUCCGAAGCUCUUUUUUUUUUUUUUUUUUUCGUUCCCCAUUCCCCUUGCCUACUGCUACCUUAUCGUCAGGGAUCUAGUACUUGGUCUGGCUUAUUGAGGAGAAGGAAAAGAUUCCUACCGGCCUUUGUCCCGCAUUGUGAUUUUUCAUUCACCUACUCUGAGAAUAUUACUACGUCUUUGUUCCACUUUCUCGACCUUUCUCUCAACGUAUUUUCGACUCCAUCACAGGAAUUCGACUCGAGAUAUUAGGUGCCGAGAACCAAUCAAAAACAGGUAUGUUUCCGCUAUCCAACGCGUCUUUUACCUCUCUCUGUGUCUCUCUUUUCCUCUCUAUCGGUCUUUUCCAAGCAUACGAAUGCGGUUCGUUUUUUUUUUCCUACAAAAAACGAAAAAACAACUGUUUCCGUUGUACUUUUUUUCUUCUUUCUUUUCUACGUUAUUCUUUGCCCGUUCCUGUCGCCUCAGGCCGAGACCAACCAACCCUGCCGUUUACCAUUGUACCUGGUCAUAAUCAUUAGCGAGGAAAGGUACCUUGCAUGCCGUCAUUCAAGAUGUCUUGUUGCCCGUCGGUCAAUUGAAUUGAAGCCCCCCUCCUCCUCCACUUGCCCCGACUCGUUGGACCCCUCCACGUUCCCGCCACGAGCUGUUGUCCAUCUCGCAUCGUGCCCGCACGGCGCCUUCCAGUCCCAAUCCGAGCAAGAACAGCCGGCGGCGGCGACAAGCACGGAAGACAACGGACAAGUGCCUGGCUGGGACCAGCGACGGCAAGCCGCAAAUGGGGCCAUUGGGAAUAAGGUACCUACCUCGCAAGCAAAUUGUUGCACCUCAGGAAGCAAGAGCAAGAGGCAACACCUGCUGCUGAUGCCCCUCACCUUCCCUCGUCCCCCCGUUCACCCCCCGUUCCCCGUUCCGCUCCUAUUUGCUGUGUGUGUAAGGUACGAAGUACGGAGUCGGGUAACGGAGUACCUACCUUGCCUACCUUUCCUUCCUUACCUUACCUUGCCUUACGGCAGCCAUUCCUGUCCAGUCAACUCGCCUUCCACUCCCACUCCCACACUCAUACACACCAAACCUUACCUGCCUUGCCUUGGGCCCUUUUUGCACUGCCUCAACGCCCUUUCCCUCCAUCCAUUCAGAAAUUUCCCGCUAAGCAGCAUUUCCUUUCUGUCCCCUCAAGGUGGCCUUUCUCACUCUUCUCCUUCUCACCCCCUCCUUCCUUUUUUCGAUCCAUCAAAGCCCAGUCUCAAUCCUGACGUCUGUCAUCACAAUCACCACACUCCUACCAACACCAACACCAACACCGCCCACCUAAUUCCAACCACCAGGUCCGUAUCUCGCUUCCCUCAAUCCCUCACUCUCCUCGAAAAAAAAUAUUGCAACACAUCAAUACACACCUCGGCCUCUUCCAACGGUCAACAGAUUCACUCUCUUUUUUUUUCUCUCCUCUCAUCCUGUGGCGACGACUGCAAACUUCUUUGUUUGGCACAGCCCACAACCCCAUCUACUCUCCAUCUCGCACUGCCAUCCUCCGGCCUGGAAAUUGUACGUUUGCUUUGUCGCCCAUGUCGGGCCACUUUGCGCGCUAUCGUCAAGUGACAAAGGCCAUCACUGGACACUGGCUGCACAGGUGGAUGCGAAGUCUUCCAAUGUUGACUCGCAUGCUCAACCGAGAAGUGCCCAAAAGAGCGCUUUCGUCCCUUGACUUUCUUCCCUCGCCAUCAAGAACCCCGCUUGGCGCCACACAGAAACCACUUGCAUUUAUGCAUUGCAGCCUCCCUCAGACCUUUUCGUUAAACAGAUCCUAACUCGCAAGACAAAUAGAUAAUUCAGCAAUCUCUUUGCAAGAAGCAAGACACAUUACUCUACCAUCAUCAUGUCCAAGCUCUUUAUUGGCGGCCUUGCAUGGCACACUGAGGAAGGCACCCUCAGACAAAAGUUUGAGGAGUUCGGUGCCGUUGAGGAAGCUGUCGUUGUGAAGGACCGCGACACUGGCCGCAGCCGUGGAUUCGGCUUCGUCCGCUACACUCAGGAUAGUGACGCUCAGAAGGCCAUUGCUGCCAUGAACAACGUCGAGUUUGACGGACGCACCAUUCGCGUUGAUAAGGCUUCUGACAACGGUCCCCGCGGUGGCGGUGGCUACCGCGGCGGCUUCGGCGGCGGUGGUGGACGUGGCGGCUACGGCGCCCCCCCUGUGCCUUACGGAGGCGCUCCCGGUGGAUACGGUGUUCCCAACAUGGGCUACCAGCAGCAGCAGCCUGCCUACGGCCGCGGCUACCCCCCUCAGCAGCCCUACGGCGGUGCUCCUCCCCAGGAUGGCUACGCGCCCCAGGCUCCCUACGGAUACGCCGACCCGUCUCAGCAGCCCCAGGGCGGCCGAGGCUAUUAGUGCUCGCUAGAUUUCGGAGAUUCGUUGCCCGCUAGUUGUCGGUUUUCGCAACUCGGGAACAUGCGGCCAAGACAUGUUGCCGACGCUCAACUGCUCCGAGUCUGACAGACGUUCGUGUGCGCGCCCGUUGGUUCGAUCGAGCUUUGGUGAUAUUCUUCGCUGCAACACAAUACCCGGUUCUUCUGUUGCACUGGAUCUCUGGAAAAUAAAACCCCAACCCGCGGUCAAAAGGGUUGGUAACGGCCUAGUCUUCUCAAAUGGAAUGGUUUUCUGCUUCUGUCCUUGAUCUUCACCUUUGUUGCCCCCAAAAUGGUUGCUGCCACCAAAGUUUUGGUGUAUUUUCCGCAUGCGGUGAUGGUUCCUUUUCCGGUGAUCCUUGUGGAGUAUGGGGAGGGGCGGCGAUGUGGGUUUGUAUUUGGGAAUGACGCAGAGUGUUGUCGGAUUCAUCGUGGACGCCAACGGAUUUGUGGUCUAACGCUACAUGUCUGCCUGACUGUGUCUCUCUUGAUUGACUCUCUAUGUGUUGAAUGUUCUGAAACAAGAAUGUUGGUUGACAUGGGCUCCAAGGCGUUGUUGCACCACGGGCAAAGGGGAGAGGUGAAAAAAAGGGGUGGUGGGUGGGCAGAGGCUUGGUUUUCAAGAAGAAAAAAAGAAGAGGCGAAAGAAUGUGCAGAAAAACUCUUCAGUCUGUCUUUUCAGUCUCCUCCUGUUCCUUGACGCUGUUUUCUUGCUUGAAAGUACUGCCGACGGCUGACAACGGUGGUUGCGUAGCAUCGUGUGAUGUUUCCUCGGCGGAAAUGAUGGCCCGUACUCUGUUGGAGAGGUCGGUGAUGUGGACGUCACCGCUCUCCGGGCUCAGUCCGUCAAGAGCUUCUUCGAGGCCAAGAAGGUAGUCGAUGUUUAGCCCACUCGGGCCGCGGCUCUUCCGGAUGUGGGCGGCGAGAGCCUGAGGAUCCUGUGGCCCGACAAAUUGGUCAUUGUCCGGGGUGCCAAUGUACACAAGUGUGCGGAUUGGCUCGGAGCCAUCAGCUGGAUAGAAAGGGGCGUAGUGGAUCGUGUAUCCGUUGAUCUCGCGAAUGUCAAGAUAGUCCUUGACUUCGGCGACCUUGUCUGCCUUGAUACGGUAGGCGACACCCCAGACACGUUCAGGUGCCGAGUCGUGGUGGUCGGUCAGCUGCUCCCAGAACGAGCGCUCGAUGAGCGUGACAACACGGCCAGGAGCUUCGGGUGUGCCUCUGUGGUCUUGACUGGUGAAGGGGUCAGGACAUCUUGAAGUGAGACCAGAUGGCAGGUGUUAUAAAGCCUUUGGGGGUCAUAUGGUUACCUUGCCUGCGUAAGGUGUUAGUGAGACUAGUGGAGACAAGGGGAAGGCAGGACGUGAAGUGGAAAUAAGCAUUGGUGGCAGCGGGCACUAGGGACG